ACAGUUUGUUGACGUCCGUAUGCGGCGAAGAAGAUUUUUUAUCAGGUUGAAAUAAUACGUGUCAACCUUUUGGUGAAACGCGUUAUCUGAGGCAAUUUCCUCACUCGUGAAAUAUAGAGGUCCCUACUCUUUCGUUUCCCAAGUUUUCAUCGGUCUCUCUCCAGUUUUAACAAUUUUGCACGGGUAUUUUAGCGCGGCCAUUGCGAAGUACCUACGAGUUUUUUUGUUGCAGUCUUGCAGACGUCUUCUACGUAUAAUGUCAAUGGUGACGAUGUAUUAGUUUUCCGAAGUUUCCAGUGUAGUGUUUACUCAUUUUCCUACGCCGGUGAAGUGCUCAAACACCGACGGAGUUAUGGAUACAUUCUAUCCCAAGAAAUUACCGAGGAUAAAUCUAUUAGGUCACUUAUUUCUGUGUUUUCUAUUUUACAAUCCUACCGACAGUGGAGCUGUGCAAUUAACUCAAGAUAACAUAGAUAAUAUUCUAGAAAAGAUGCAAGACAUUCAAAGAGACGUUAUUCAAGGAGAUGUCAUCCAGGCCGUCCAUGGGGACGGUUUCCAGGCCGCCGAAGCAGAAGUAGUCCAGGCUGUUCAGGGGGAUGCUUUCCAGGCCGCGCAAGCCGAAGUAGUCCAGGCUGUUCAGGGGGAUGGUUUCCAGGCCGCGCAAGCCGAAGUAGUCCAGGCUGUUCAGGGGGAUGGUUUCCAGGCCGCUCAAGCCGAAGUAGUCCAGGCUGUUCAGGGGGACGGCUAUUUUGCUGUUCAAGGGGAAGGUUUCCAGGCCGCUCAGGGGGAAAAUGGCUCGAUGGACUUUCAUGAAUCUAGUUUUUUCGAAAAGAAACAAGUUGGCGGAGCUGUGCACCUAACCAAAGAGAACAUAGAUAAUAUUCUAGCUACUAAUGAAUUAGUCCUGAUCAAUUUUUAUGCCGACUGGUGUAGGUUUAGUAAUCUAUUGCAACCAAUCUGGGAUGAGGCUGCUGAAAAAAUUUCUGCAGAGUUUCCAACUCCAGGUCGAGUACUUGUCGGCAAAGUAGAUUGUGAUAAAGAAAAUACUGUAGCUGAAAGAUAUCAUAUAACCAAGUACCCAACUUUAAAAGUCAUCAGAAAUGGUUCACCUGCAAAGAGAGAAUACAGAGGCCAGAGAUCGGCAGAAGCCUUCUUGACCUUCGUCAAAUCGCAACUUGAAAAUCCCAUCAAGGAAUUCUUCAGCUUACAGGAGAUGAAUAAUUUUGAUACAAAAAAGAGAAUUAUCAUUGGUUUCUUUGACACCAAAGAUGUGCCUGAAUAUGAUAUUUUCAGACGAGUUGCCACGAACCUAAAAGAAGACUGUCUGUUUUACGUCGGAGUUGGUGAGCCAGUACGAACGAUGCAUCCACCUGGCACACCGAUCAUUGCCUUCCGUCCCGACCAUGCCACUCCGGACUCGGAGAAUGAAUCUUACAAAGGAUCCUUAUCAAAUUAUGAUGAAUUAAACGCGUGGAUGACAGACAAAUGUGUACCUCUAGUCAGAGAAAUCACGUUCGAAAAUGCAGAGGAGCUGACAGAAGAGGGCCUGCCAUUCUUGAUACUCUUCCACAAGCCGGACGAUUUGCAAACGGUCAAACUGUUCAAGGAAAUCGUCGUUAAUGAAUUAAUAUCUGAAAAGCAAAAUGUGAACUUCCUCACAGCAGACGGAGAAAAGUUUGCUCAUCCUCUGCACCACUUGGGAAAAUCGCAAAGCGACUUGCCACUCAUUGCGAUAGACAGCUUCCGACACAUGUACAUGUUCCCGGACACGUCACAAAUGACAAUCCCCGGCAAGCUGAAAACAUUCAUCCAAGAUUUGUACUCAGGCAAGCUCCACAGGGAGUACCAUUAUGGGCCAGACCCACCUACAGAAAUACUACAAAUCGAUGGUAAGUCGGGUCCCACCACGCCUCCAGAAUCAACGUUCAAGAAACUUGCGCCAUCGGACAAAAGGUAUACCCUCCUGCUCAAAGACGAACUGUAAAAGCGUCUGAUGCCUCCUCAGCAGCACUGCCGUUUUUGGGUCGUUUUGGCAUGAUCGGCCGUAAAUUCCUGCUAAAAUUUAGAAGGAAACACCCUCGAAAAAUACGUAAAAUUGGCUGAUACGAUGAAACUGUAAACAGAGGUGUAACACUAGGGUUCGGGAUGCUUCAAAAAGUCUAUGGAUAUGCUUGCAUUUGUCUUCAAAUAUUAAUGAAAUAUUCUUGAAUUUUGAGCAUUGCCCAAAUGUACUUAAAAGUCUUUCUUUUCUUUUGCUUCAUGGAGACUUCCUAAAUGCCAAAUUGCAUCAUCUGUACAUUAUAAAUUUGCUUUUUCAUGCGAUAGUUGAAUAAAAUUGAAGUAUGUGUAAGAGAAGAGAACUUAACAUUUUUAACACCAGUACAUUUUCUCUGGCGCAUCCUUGAAAGCUCUUGAAAUUUUUUUGGAAGUCUCCGGUAACUUCUGAAAGUUCUUGAUUUUGGCUGUCAUGAACCCUGUAAAAUUGCUCUCAUUGUCUCUCCAAUGUAGUAUAAGAGCCAUUUUUCAGCCGGAAAGAGCAGGCAUGGUGUCAUGGUCGGCAUUUGUGCCUUUUUACUGCCCCUAUCAAUUCCUCUCCUCUGAAGAUUGUACAUUCUUUCUUUCUUCUAAUUCUGUUAAUUUGACAACUUUCCCUUUGAUUUCGUGGCAUUUGUAUAGUAUAUUCAGAAACUUUGUAUUAUUUUGAGAGGGCAACAUCGACCUUUAGGUGUUCAUUUCUCUCCAUCUGUCUGCUGGAAUGUACCUUUGCGGCAGAAAAUGGAUCCCAAGACAUCAUAGAUCUUUCUUAGUGUAAUCUAAUGGGCAACUCUAGGUCUCUAGUUACAACUUCUAUAACAUUUUUCUGUUUCAUUUUCAUAGAUUUGAUUAGUUUUGUUAUCAUUCUAGUUCCCCAAAAUGUACAGAGCUGCAGCUUGUAGCCAGGUAUCACUGGUAAAUUCAUCUCAGAAAAUUCCCUAAUGCGCUUCUUACAGCCGUGUUAGGUACAAUUAUUGUAAAACUUUGAGCACUCAUGUCUUUUAAUCAUUAUAAUCCACUUUUUAAUUGAUUGAACACUUCCUUAAGCCCCAUGACAUUCGAAUAUCUGCUUUUUGAAUCUAGGGCCACCCUCCUUAAAGGUGCCACAGCUUGGUGUAAAUAAAAUAUUCCAAAAAUCAAUUAGCCCUAAUUUUAGUACUUGAUGUUCCAAUAUAUGUUGGCUCUAAUUGGUCAAGCUACUGUAGAAUUUUUUAAGCUGAAUUCCAAAGUACCAAAGUUUAUGAAUUUUCAGUAAAACAAUUUGGGCAUUUAAAAAAUUAAGGAUCGGUUCUUAUCAACUUAUCAGAAUUUGUAUGAUGAAUCCAAAUGGAAGUCUAAAAGAAAAUGCAUGAUUUCUCUGCAGUAAAAUAAGUUAUUGUAAUAUCUUGGAAACUAGUGGUUCUUGAACUGAUAGAGUUAAUCAUACUCUAAGGCAAUGUGGAUUAAUAAACAGAUAAAGCUCUCAAAAGGCCAAACCUUCCGAAUAUGGCAAUGCUUACUUUUUGAACUCGUAAUGUGUAAUUUAUUGAUAAAUAAUGUAAUCUGUUUAUUUUUAUACUUUUUUGUUUGUUAUUUGUCUUUCUUGUUAAUUUUGUAUUGAUUCUGUACAGUUAGAAAAUAUUGUCCUUGUCUCGGCACAAAGAAAAAACAUUCAGUGAAAUAAUCGUCAGACUUGUAAUAAUUUAAGAAUAUUAAGUUUGUUGAUCAUCAAAUUUUAGCAACUAACUGUUGGUGAUUCAAUUGAUGGAGUAGAUCCCCUUUUCGAGAAAAUACUGUCGAUAGCUAUUUUAAGUAAAGGUGGCACAGGAUAACUUUGAAUAUUUAGAGCUGUAACUAUCCGGACGCAUCAGGAAUGUGGGGAAAUGGAAAUUUACCUAGCCUUAAAGAGAAAGAAUCUAUUCCUGUCAUAUAAUUAUGUAAAUCCAAAGAAUGCAUGCAUACUACAUUCAAAUAUUUUUAUGAGCUGUCAUCUAACUUUAUUCCAUUUGUGAUGGAGUGCUUGGCUUUUUGCGCUGCAGCUGGUGAAUAUAAAUAUUGAGGUAAAGUCAGACCACGGUUAAUCUAGAUAGUCAAAGUUUUACUGUUUACUUUCCAUCACAGAAACUCCAAAGAUUCAAAUAUUGUAAAAAUUUUGAAACACUGAUUUGAACAUGAUUUUUUACCUCAGUCUCAGACUAUCAAAGUAUUCUUGUCUUCUUUUCUAUUUAAAGCUGUAAGACUAAUGUGAACUGGUUCGUCUUUGUCAAAUUAAGGAGUAUUGUCCUCAUUCCUAAGAAACCACCAUCACUGUAAAGGAGAAUUGCAGUGAGUAUUGUGCUAUGGUAGACAAAUGAAGCGUUUCUACAUUCCCUUCUGAUUCUGUAAAGUAACUAUUUUUAUUGUAUUGGAUAGGUUAAAACACUCCCAUCCCUCCUCAACCAUCAAAGAAAUCCAAAUGUUUGAAAAUUGAUCCUUGAUUUUGUUAAUUCCCUAUGUUCUUAUGUUGUUUAUUUUAUUCCUGUUGAAAUCAAAUAUUAUGCAGGGACAUUUCUAUCAUGCAGACAAACAUAAUAGCAUGGAAAUGUGGGAAAGCUGUGUAGAUCAGCUUGCCAAUGCGUUGAAAUUUGCUUGUUUUUCGUAGAAUGCAGUGGAUUUUGUGUUUUUUGCAAAAUUGCGACAAAUGGUGAAAUUAGGUCUAAAGAAUGACCAUUGCUUUAAACAUUUUCAGGAGAAAAGGGUUUCAAAAUGAGAAGGCCAGCUAUAAAAAUGGGAAGAUUGAGAACUUUCAGCAUCCCUGCCAUCAUUUUCAUGGCUUCAAAUCAAAACAUGUUUGUUUUCUUUUCUUUUUUUACUAAAAUCAGGGUUUGUGACAACUUAAAUAUUCUUCGAGACGCCUGUAAUUUUUUUGUUUUCCCUGAAUUUUCAUGUCCUCGAUUAUUCUUAAAUGUAAACAAAUUGUCCAAAUGUAUAUUAUCAUCUUUGAAUUUUUGCAUUAUGCAGUUAUUUUGUCCACAUCGUCUGGCAGAUUGGUCUAUUUUUUCUUCUCCAUGGAGACCUUACAAAUGACAAUAGAACAAAGGUAUGGGAAGAGGUAAUUUCCAUUUUAAAGUCCUCAAAAACUCAGGAACUCAGUCCUCAUUUUGGAAUAAAAAAGCUGUCAUGAACCCUGAAAAUUCAGUUUCAGAUAACUGCAACAUUUUUAAGUAAUCUGUCGAACGAAUUUUCGAAUACAAUUUUCCCCGAGAGCUGGUCUUUUUUCCAGUUUUAUGGUAACUACUGCAAUUAGCUCCAAACCUACAGGCAGCUUCAGAGUUGUGACUUGAACCUUUGAAAAUAUUUUUGAAAGUUUGUGAUAUAAUUAUUUUUAUAGAUCAGGGAGCUUGUAAUACCAAAUUUACAGAAAUUCCACCGAGUAAUUUUCUGUGCGCUCCCUGAUAUUUGUAAAUUAGUCUUAUUUCUAGGUGCAGUAUUAUGUGAUUUGUACUCGAGCAGAGUGUAGCAUCAAAGCCUGGUAUUUUACAAAUUUCAUCGACAUAUUGGAUAAAAACCUCCUCUCUGACUUUUCAGCAUUAAGCUAUGUUGGCUUUUCUGGUCAACCCUACCCACCUAGAAUCCAGGUGAAGUUUAUUUCGUUCCCUUCUAUCCGGGACUCGAUGUUUUAGGCCAACAUUGACAAAAAAUAUUGGUAUUCUUUUAAUGGAACUAUCGAGAACUAUUAAAAAAUAAGAAUGCCUGAUGUAUUUCUUAGAAAUGAUUUUCCUUACUUCUCACUUGUGCAUUUGUCGCGUAUGAUGCUAACUUUGGAACCCAGCAGAUAAAUAAAAUCAUCAUUUUAACCUAGGCUUGUAAAUUUUACCCGUCCUAAAAAUUAUCAUCUGUCAUAUAGAGAGUGAGAAUGAUGCUGUGUGACUAGGCUUUGAUGGCAGAUACCUUUGCUGUUGAAAUGGAUGCGCUUUUUAGUUCUAACCUAUAUAAUUUGGGAUGUAUUUUUAAUUUUAAAACAAACAAUGUUGACAGUACAUAAGAACAUUCAGAAUUCCCCUGAAAUUAGCGAAAACUCUCUUCUGUGCAAUCUAGUGUUCAUUACGCAUCUUUCUCAAUGCUCUCAGUCAAAUUGAGUCAAAGUGUGCAGAGGUACAAUGCUCAUAUAUUUGUGUUUCCGUUUUUGGUAAAGUCCAUCUGUUGAGUUUUUAUUUUAUAAUUCCAUCAGCAAAUUUCUGAAACUUUGAUCCUACCAGCUGAGAGAAAGAUGCGCCUCGUUUUCUUAAGACAAAUAAAUCAAAUUAAGUUUAUUUUUCUUGCCCUACUUCCGUUGAGAGCAUGUUAGAUAUUUUCGUGUGUUCUUGAUUACAAAUUAUCAUACUGCGAUUUCAGUAAAAAUUUUGUAUAAAUUUUGAUUAAAAGUAAAAGCAACUACGAUCUAUUUCGUCAAGUUCUGUCUCCUCUACCCAACUUUUACCCCUAAAUUUUGAAAUUUUACCCUCAUCAAUUGAUGAUACAUUGUGUUGAAUUUGUUUUUGCGGCUCAUUUGAAUGAUAUGUGUAAGUUCAGGGUACAGAUGAAUUUAAUCUAUUGUGGGAGGCAAAUAAUUCAGUGUCAGUGUAAUGCAAUUGCUGUAUUAAGAUAAGCAAAGGGAAGGGCAAAUUUUUCCUAUAUCCUACUCCAUUCUUUAAUAUUUCUUGUGACAUUAGAACAACAUAUUAUGGUCUGUACAUUGCUGUUAAGUCAUUUUUCCUAAGUAAGAAAAUAUUUAAAAUGUCAAAUUGAUCAGUUUUCUUGAUUUUAAAAUCAAAUUGAAUUAAAAUAACGAAAAAUGUGUGAUGCUUGUGUUUAGCAUCCAAAAAUUAACAAACUUUUUGUAUCUUUGUUUGGUAUUUGGCUACGACUCCUCAGUGCAAAUCAAGGCAAACGGAAUGAAAUUACUGUGAUUUUAGGUCCUGUCAACUAUCGGGUUUUUUUCAAAACGUGUGAUGUUAAUUUUAAUAAAUAAUGUAAAUAAAGUUACUGCACAGUGUAAAAAUUA